GGCUAGGUCGCCAAACAACGUCUCCAGCUCCCCAUCAACUCCAUUGAACGGUCACCUUGCGUUUGCUUUGAACUUCUGGUGUUGAGCACACGCGCCUUUUCGCCACUACCUCCUGGUCAAUUAGCAAUACAAUCUUCGCCGUCAAUUUCAAUCAAAUACGAUGUCUGGUGCUCCUGACCGAGAGGCCGUGUUUCCCACGCGCCAGUCGCUGGGAAUCAUGAAGGCGAAGCUCAAGGGUGCUGAAACAGGCCACAGUCUGCUCAAGCGAAAGAGCGAGGCCCUGACCAAACGAUUCCGAGAGAUAACAAGACGCAUCGACGAGGCCAAGCGCAAGAUGGGACGUGUGAUGCAAAUUGCCUCCUUUUCCUUGGCCGAAGUUACGUAUGCCGUAGGCGGUGAUAUCGGCUAUCAGAUACAGGAGUCGGCGCGAUCAGCUCGGUUCCGGGUGCGCACCAAACAGGAGAAUGUUUCGGGUGUUCUGCUCCCUGCCUUCGAGAGCUACGUGACUGAAGGAAACAACGACUUCGGCCUGACCGGACUGGGCAAAGGUGGUCAGCAGGUCCAGCGCUGCCGCGAGACAUAUGCCCGUGCUGUGGAGGCCUUAGUCGAGCUUGCGAGUCUUCAGACUGCGUUUGUUAUCUUGGAUGAAGUCAUCAAGGUUGUUAAUCGACGUGUGAAUGCGAUCGAGCACGUCAUCAUUCCCAGAACAGAGAACACCAUCAAGUACAUCAACUCGGAAUUGGACGAACUGGACCGAGAAGAGUUCUACAGACUGAAAAAGGUAGCGAACAAGAAACAGAGAGAUACCGCCGCCACAGAUGCAGAGAUCAAGGCCAAAAAGGCCGCCAAUGCAGCAGAGGAGAGGGGUGAUGCGCCCGGGCCAAACGACCUUCUCGCGGCAGAGGAAGACAACGAUGUUAUUUUCUGAGCAUGUCGUACCUAUGGCACAAUGAGAAAAGAGAUAACGAAGCAUGUGUCGAUAGCCAGGGUCGUUGUUGGUGUACGCGCGCUCUUUCUUAUAAGCAUCCAUACCCUCUCGAACUCAUUCUCAACCUAUACGCCGACGUAAUUGACAACCGAAAACACCCCAAACUGCACACC